AUGUCGUCCGACAUUCCCAUCGAAAAGGACACGGGAGCCAACGGCUCGUCCGACCAGAACAACCUGACCCGCCAUGACUCUCCGCCCUACAACCCUCACCUCCACACCCACCCUGACCAGAGAGGAUGGACCAUGGCCCAGGGUGGCGCCCUCCAGCCCGGUGCCUUCAAGGCCUACGAGCACCGCAAGCUCGCCAACCCGGCUCCCCUCGGACUCUCCGCUUUCGCCCUGACCACCUUUGUCCUUUCGGCCGUCAACAUGGAGGCUAGGGGCGUGAAGGAGCCCAACAUUGUUGUCCCUCUUGCUUAUGCCUAUGGUGGAUUGGUCCAGUUGCUUGCUGGCAUGUGGGAGAUCCCUUGCGGCAACACCUUUGGCGCCACGGCCCUCGCCUCCUAUGGCGGCUUCUGGAUCGCCUACGCCAUCCUGCUCACCCCUGCCUGGGGCAUCACGGCAGCCGAAGGACCGUACGAGGGCGACGUCUACAACCCCAUCGGCUUCUUCCUGACCGGCUGGUUCAUCUUCACCACCUUGCUGCUCCUCUGCACCCUCCGCUCCACCGUCGCCUUCUUCCUCCUCUUCUUCACCCUCGACAUCGCUUUUCUCUUGCUGGCCUGCGAGAACUACGCCAACGACGCGGGCAAGUUCGAGACCGGCACAGCUCUCAAGAAGGCUGGUGGCUUCUUUGGCUUCCUUGCCGCCUUCUUAGCCUGGUAUAAUGCUCUUGCCGGUAUCCAGGACAGCAGCAACUCCUUCUACUCCGUCCCCGUCAUCCACUUCCCCUGGUCUGACAAGGGCCGCGAACUUCGUCUUCAGCGCAACCGCAGCGCUGCUUGA